AUGUCUUCCGAAUCUCCCCCACCAUUUGCUCAACGAAUGGCAGUCCUCUUUGACCCAGCGCAGAUCAUGGCAAUGGCCAUACCCUAUUACAUUCGCGCCUGCACCGAGGCAGUCUUCCAGAGAGGCCAGGUUCUCGCUCCCCUCACGCAAACCCACCGCCUACGUGACGAAGCAUUUGGUCGAUUCUGGAUUGCAUUUUCCGCACCCCGAGAAGACCAACCACCUCCAUCUGCAGGGGAUGAGGUUGCGGCUACCCCCGCAAGCUCCUCGGAUCUAAUUCCCCCGCUCCUGAGCACCGCCUCCGGCGUUGUCCUCGACAUCGGCCCCGGCACAGGAACCCAAAUGCCCCUCCUGCGUUCGCCUGCCAUUAGCGCCAUCUACGGUGCCGAGCCCUGCGUGGGUCUGCAUGCCACGCUGCGCGCUAAGGCCGCAUCCGAAGGCCUGGACGCCAAGUACCACAUCUUGCCGUGCGGCGCUUCUGCAGCGGAGCUGGUACCCGCGCUGCAGGCUGCGGGCGUAGACCAGGCGAGCGGGGUGUUCGAUACGAUCCUAUGCGUGCGGGUGCUCUGUUCCGUGCCUGAGAUGGAACGCACGGCGCGCGAGCUGUACGCGUUGCUGAAGCCGGGUGGGCGGGUGCUUGUUACGGAGCAUGUAGUGAAUCCGUGGCAGGCGGCAAAGGGGUCGCUGGCUGCACGGGUGAUGCAGGGCGUGUAUAUGCUGCUUGGGUGGUGGUUUUUUGUUGGUGAUUGUUGCCUGGAUCGGGAUACAGAGGGGGCGCUGAGGGCAGCGGCAGAUGAAGAUGGUGGGUGGGAGAGUAUGUCGCUGGAGAGGUCGUUUUGGUGGUCACCUUUGCCGUAUAUCUCGGGUGCUUUGGUGAAAAAGAGUGCAUAG